AGCGUUUCUUAGGGUUCGGGUUUUUUAGUUUGCGGUUUCUAGUGAGAGUCUCAUGUGCUAAUAGCUAAAUUCUGCGUGUUUUGGACGGUAGUUAUCAAACAAUCCCAGAAAUAUAGCCGCUGAAAUUCAGCUAGUUUUUACUCAUGACGGACAGGAACAACAGCGUGGAGUGGGUUGAAACAACCGAGGAGGUGGUUGUAACUGAGGAGUGCCUCCCUAUUGAAAACAACACGCCUGCAGGGAUGCCGGUUUUAGAGCCAGCAGACACACCAAUACAGAAGUUACUGGACACUGUGGGGCAGGGAGAAAAUCCAGAUGGUGACGAUGGCUUUUAUUGUGAGGAGUGCCUGACUCUCUUCCAGGACCAGAGUGAUCCUGAUACUGUUAAUGGUCCAUCUUUUAUUCUCGACUUUCCAACGAACAUGGGUGUCACACAGAGGGCCCUUCUAACUCUACCCUUUGGCCUGAUGAUAGGCAGAUCUAGCAUUCCCAGUGCAGGGAUUGGGGUCCUAAAUUAUGGACUUACAGUGUCUCCUGGAAUGCAUUUUGGACCAUAUGAGGGGGAAGUGACAACAAGGGAGAUUGCCAUAGGAAGUGACUUCUCCUGGGAGAUUUACAAAGAAAAGGAUCAGUACGAGUACAUUGAUGCUGCCAAAGAAUCAUACUCAAACUGGAUGAGGUAUGUCAACCGUGCUCGAAAUAAGGACGAGGCAAACCUGUUGGCAAUUCAGUACAAAGGCAGCAUCCUCUUUCACUGCUGUCGCUCCAUAAAUGCUGGAGAUGAGCUGAUGGUGUGGCCCAGCUACAAACUUCACACCCACUUUAGUGAAACGUGGGCACAGAUGUGGUAUUUGAAGUUGAAUGCAACAGACAGCACGCUAUCCGGUACAUCGCAGAUCUUCCUGUGCUCCCACUGUCAGCUGUCCUUCACCACCAAAGUCUUCCUCCAGCGACAUACGGAACACUUUCACACACAACCUGAAGCUGCUGAAGCAGCUGAUGGUGGGAAUCAUGCCUCCAGUGCUGCAGGAUCAUUGGUGGUACUGUCUGUUGAGCCUGUUGAGUCUAAAACAUGUGACGACUGCGGCAAGACAUUCAAGCAAAUACCUCACCUCAGGAGGCACAAGCUUUGUGUUCACUCCAACAAACGCCCCUACUGCUGCCCACACUGCAGGCGAUGCUUUAGUCAGGCCUCUGGUUUAAUCAGACACCAGCUAGUUCACAGGAAACAGGGUGAAAUAAAAGCUCCUAAUCAGAACAAAGCCCUCAGUGACAAAGAGAGUUCAGCAUCAGAGGUAGACCUUUUAAAUCCAGCAGAUUCAGUUGUAUCUGAGGAAAUGAAUGAAAGUGAAAAUCAGCAAGAAGCUACGGAUGCAACUGGAGCUGCAGAUACUUGUGGCGAUGAGGCAGAAACACUGCAGUCAAACUGUUCAGACUGCGGUAAGAGCUUCACAAAGGAAGCGUCCCUCAAAAAGCACAAGGUGACUGUCCAUGAGCGGAUUCGUCCGUACGUCUGCACUGUGUGUCAGAAAUGCUUCGGGCAGUACAAUGACCUGACCAGGCACCUGCAGCGUCACCAGAAACAGAACAAAAGGAAUGAGGAUCCAGAGGACUCUGCCAUGAUGCCCUUCAGCUGUGCGGAGUGUUCACUGGCCUUUGCUUCGGUGGACGACCUUCAGCAGCACAUAAAUGAACUUCACUCAGAGGAGAACACAGCUGAAAAUCAAGAAGAUGAUCCAGUGCCUGAUGGCGAAAGCGUUGAGUCAGUCCAGAAUCCUCCUUCUCAGAGGCCUCAGAGAUCUGGAGCUAGAUCUAAAGUUUCUGCCAUAACUAAGCUCAUUGCACCUAAACGAAGAGCUGCCAGUCCCGCUCAGCCCGAGAGGAGCUGCACUGAGCCAGAGACGGCUUCCGUCCGAAAUGGGAAGUUAAAAAAAUACAAAUGGUUCAGCUGCAAUCGCUGUAAGCAAACAUAUGGAAACCCGGAUGACCUCAAAGCUCAUAAAUGCACUUUGAGGCAGCACAAAUGUGGCCAGUGUGGGGCGACCUUUAGUAAGUCCGGUUUCCUGAAAAGACACGAGCAGAUGGUACAUGUAGAGGCCAAAUCUUACAGCUGUGAUCGCUGCGGUAAAGGCUUCUCUACAUCUGGUAACCUUAAACAGCAUCAGAAAAGUAACACUUGUAUGAAGUAUCACUGCACCUCUGAGCUCUUCCCAUGCUCCUUCUGUCAGUUUUCCUUCACCAUGAAGAGCUACCUUAUUAAACACAUUAAAAGGCACCAUCCCGUCGAGUACCUGUCAAACUGCCAGUCCGACAGCCUGACGGAUCAGCUGGAGGAACAGGAGGAGGAAAAAGAAUAUACAUGUCCGCACUGUGGGAAGAACUGUUUAACUGCCAAAGCUUUCAAAUCUCACACAUGCUUCAGGCAGGUGAAGAUUUUGUACUUGUGCAACGACUGUGGAAAGGGCUUCACAAACCACUACGGGCUGAAGCAGCACCAGCGCAUCCACACGGGCGAGAAGCCGUACAGCUGCCCCCACUGCAGCAAAAGCUUCUCGUACGUCGGUCAGCUCAACGUACAUCUCAGGACGCACACCGGGGAGAAGCCCUACCUGUGCACCCACUGCGGGGAGAGCUUUCGGCAGUCGGGAGACCUAAAGAGACACGAGAGGAAGCACACGGGCGUCAGACCGUACAGCUGCCCCGAAUGCAACAAAAGCUUCAGCCGACCGCAGAGUCUCAAAGCUCACCAGAUGCUUCACUUGGGACAGAGAAUGUUCAAAUGCACUCAGUGCGGGAAGAGCUUUUCCCGAAACUAUCACCUCAGGAGACACCAUCAGAAAAUGCACAUUUAGUCAAAUCGCAUGUUUUUGGACUAAAAUUAAAAAUACUGUAAAGGAGCUCAAACGUAAACUGAUUUGCACUAUAUGCUCAAGUACUUGAUGACUUACUGAAUGUCCUGUGCAUAUUAUUUAAGUUUUUCUUGUAAAGCAUUUUUUGUUCAAUUAAAAAAGGAAAAACUACACAAACAGGUGCUCCUCAUCUCUGAACAUCA